AUGAACCUCUCGAAGAACGAAGACCUUGCUUACGCGAUGACUCCGCUGAAGAUCCUCGCGUGGCCCGUGGGCACCUGGCCUCUGCAGAAGCACAGCGUCUCUUCGGUCUUGCGCUCCGUUAUCUCCAUUUGUCUUUUGUUAGUAAUGAUGACCAUCAUACAGACGGAGAUAUAUUUGGAUCACAGACACGCCGAGAAGAACCUGGACGGUCUGAUGAUGGUCGGUUGCAGCAUCAUGGCGAUAUCGAAAGUGAUGUGGUUCCGGCUUCGCUCCGAAGGCCUGACCGCCAACUUCUCCUCGGCAUUGAAAGACUACGACGAGCUCGACGGAGAAGAGAAACGAGCGAUCAUGAGGAGGCACGCUUACAUGGGGCGAGUGGCGUGCGCCAGCGUGAUCGGUUUUUCUUACUUCGGCUCCACUUUGUACGUGUCAGUCUCGAUGCUGGGCGAGGACGAAGAGGCUGCGAACGAAGACGUGAACGUCACGCUGGAGGAACCCGUGGACUACCCUUUCCCCUCGCAAUGCACCAUGGAGAUGCUGCAAGUGCCUAAAAGUUUGAACCCUGUGAUCUUCAUCUUCGAGUACGUGAUGCUUCUGAUCACGAGCACUGGAAACCUAGGCAGCGAUUCCCUGUUUUUCGGUAUCAUGUUCCAUCUGUGUGGCCAAGCAGAGGUACUGAAGCUGGAGUUGACCAAACUCGUCAAAGAAAACCAGGACACAGCGAAUCGUUUCAACUCGUUGAUCGCGAGGCAUCACCACCUCCUGACGAUGUCCGACUAUCUCAACGACACCAUCAGUUCUAUCUUAGUCGUACAACUAUUCACGAGCUGCAUUCUCAUCUGCACGACCGGGUUUGCGUUCAUCCUGUCUCUGAACGUCGACAUAGUCUUGACGAUAAAAACGUUACUGUCUGCGAGCACGCUGUUGUCGCAAUUGUACGCGUACAGCUACGUAGGCGAUUACUUGAAGACACAAAUGGAAGACAUAGGAUUCUCCAUUUACUCCAGCAGCUGGUACGACUUGCCGAGCAGAUUGUCGAGGGACGUCGUCUUCGUCGUGAUGAGAGCCCAGGAACCAACCUGUCUACGAGCUGGGAACUUCUUCGUCGUCAACAUGGAGAGUUACAUGAGCAUCGUGAAGACCUCCAUGUCGUAUCUCUCGGUUUUGCGAGUGAUGCUAGCUCCUUGAGUUCUUACGUUCUCCGUUCCGUACAUUCGAGACACUCGCUUGGCCAAACUUCGUCUGAGACAGGUAACAUAAACGCGGACGCGUGUGUAUCGAAUAAAGAUGUUUGUUACGUACCAUAAUUUAGAACAAAAUCUCGCGCGGUGCACCUACGCUGCAGGGCUGUAGAAACUUUGUAUUGUGCCGUGGAUGCAAAUAAAUAGACUAAGCUCUCCUUAGCAAAAUCUGUGUAUCGUUAAUUUUGUAUAGGUCCCAGAAUAUUUCGUUCCAUAAUUGCUCGUUCGAUUCUCGCCGUUACAUUCCCAAAUGUCUCUAAAGGCUGGGUUGCCAAGUGUUUGUUUUUUCGUUUUGUGUUUUUAUAGUGGUUACUGUGCUACUUCGUAUUCACACAUAUGUAUUGUAAUUUUCGGGUGUGGUACUUUUCUUACGAAACCUCUUUUUGGCCUUGUUUUAUUUCAUUUUUCCAUUUUUUAUUUUAAGCCAGAAAGCUUUCGAUACUUUUUAUAUUAGCCAUACCUUGAAAAACUGGGCCGGGAUUCGAACCCGACCUCUCAGCGUUGUAAUCGGCUACGCUACGCACUGCUCCACCGUUCGCCCCGAGUGUAAAUUGUAAGAAACCCAAUGUCCAUCGUAAUCAUUGCUCGUAGUGGUGUCUUUUCGUUUUCCACUGAAAGCCUGAACGCGGAGCUUUGUUCUAUUUAAACGACCCUUGAUCUGAUCUAAGAUACUAGGACCGAGUCCUAACAACCCUCACGACCACCCAGUGCGAAUACAUCCAAACCUCUACCACCAUUUUUAAACCAAAGAUUUAAAUUGUCGUUACUUAACACGUUAUGACGAUUUAACAAUAGUUUACCUCCUUCUAUUUACCGUGCGCGUUAAUCCGGUGUCCUACGACCUGCUUUCUAUCCACCAGAGACAAUACACUAUCACCCACGGAACUAUCAACUACACGGAACAGGUAUCCCUUUAAAACAGUCUCG